UUCUUCGUACAUUUGCCCACGGUCCCCUCCACCCCCAUAUAAAAAAGCUCACACAUCUCUCCCCUUUUUCCACUCACACAAAAGCCUUGGAUCAAGAUAGGAAGAAGUAAGGGAAUGACAUCCCCUAGCCAGGGAAAUCCCUUGACCCAGGCGGCGAUCGGACAACUGAUCAAGGGGCAGGAGGCCGCCGCCCGGCUUGAGGUCCUUCUGCAAGAGACAACACUAGGGAAUUCGGCGAUCGAAGCCUUCAAGGAGGUAUGGGAUUCAUUCUCUAGAUCAAUCUCUUUGUUGGACUCCGGCAAGCCACUUGAGACAGGUCAGGAUCCGGCGAUCACCGGAGUUAGUAAGAAGAGAAAAACAAGUCCGGGGGAAGUCAAGAGAGGUGCUAGCCGGAGAAGGUCACAACCAACUUCUUUGAGGAUGGUCCUAUCCAAGACAUUGGAUGAUGGCUACACAUGGAGGAAAUAUGGACAGAAGGAGAUCCAAAGCUCCAAAUUUCCGAGGGCCUAUUUUAGAUGCACCCACAAGUUCGAUCAAGGUUGCAAUGCUAUCAGACAGGUGCAGCGAUCGGAGGUUGAUGAAUCUAUGUUUAUAAUCACUUACAUGGGGGAUCACACAUGUAGGGACCCAUCCAUGCUUCCUCAAAUCAUCUCACCUCCCAGUCUCAAGGGGUCUUGUCUAAUUAGCUUCGGAUCAAGUCCCACUGAUAAUAGACAAGAAGCCCCACUGCCCUCCUCCUCACCUUCUUAUGUGCCAGAACGUCAUGAAGACGUGCUAAGUAAUCUGUCCCCCGGUACCUCAUCAUCGGAGUAUGUCGCGCGAGCGGCAGCAUAUAAUGAAGGGUCCAAGCUGAUGACACCAUUAGGGUCUACAUCCGAUCAUGGCGAUGUAGACUCGGGCUUCCACUCUUCUACUAGCAGCCUAGACAUGGACUUUGUCACUGACUCAUUUGAGGAUAUAUUUAGCUUUGAUCAUGAUGGAUUCCUCUAAGACAAGGCCUGGUGGAGGGGAGGGUGUCUCUUUGCACCUUGGUGUAUCUGGGGUAUCUUAUCUUAGACAUUAAUGUAAGUUGGUGUACAGAAACCUUCUCUGCUGUAAAGUAAUUAGUGCAAGGACUUGAUGACAUCGCCAGUUAUGGACCACUGGAUGAGAGGAUGAGAGAUAGAGAUAGAAACUAGGAGUCCUGCUCCUGAAGAAAUUUGGAUGCUCCUUGUGCUAACAGAGUUAGAUCAGCUCAUUGGCCCUCCUCUUCUUGAAGAAAUCACAAAUUUAAACCUAGAUGUUGGCAUCCUAAUUAUAUUUGAAGAUGAUGUUGUAGUAUCUUAGAAGUGUGACAUAUAUAUAUAUAUAUAUAUAUGCUAUUAUUGUAGAAGAGGUUGAAUUUGUUUGAAGAUUGUUCGAGCA